AUGUCGUCUGCCUCCCUGCCCGAUCUGUCGUCCUCCACCACCCCCGCCACCUCAACCUCGUCGCCAGGUACCGACCCUCCACAGACCGAGUCCAGCAAGAAGAGCUCCAGCAGCACCCCCUUCCAUCAAUCCGCCGCAUCAUAUUUCUCUUAUCCGGUCACCCACGUCGUCUCCGGUCUCUACCGCCGCCUAACAGACCCCCCAACAGCAAACACCAACGCCAACAUCAAGUCCAACAAUAUGAUGUCCCGUCUGCGCCGAUCAAACCCCAACCCGGACCCCUCCUCGUCAUCCUCCUCCGUCUCCUCGACCUCUCAACACCCCGUGUUCACCCCCGUUCGCACCGUCUCGCCCUUCCAACCACCCCCAUUAACGCCCCUCACCCUCCUCGCCAACGAAGAAAACACACCCCUCCCUCUCGCCCCGCAAAACCAGCUCCUCACCCGUGCCCUCGCGGAGGAGAUCCGCCUUCUCGUCCCGCCGCGUCUUCAGCUAGUCGACUCCUGGCGGCUAGCAUACAGCCUCGACCGCGACGGCGCAUCCCUUUCAACCCUCUACGAGAACUGUCGCGCCGCGUCAGCGCGCAGUCCACGGGCCGGCUAUGUCCUUGUUAUCCGUGACGCUUCUCCAUCCGCAUCGUCCGUCUUCGGCGCGUACAUGACGGACCCCCCACACCCGGACUCGCACUAUUUCGGCACGGGCGAGUGUUUUCUCUGGCGGGCUAGCGUGCUACCGCCGCCUCCGACCUCGUUUGAUUCCGCCGACGGCGAUGGAGGCGUAUAUUCCGAGGAGGCUCUUGAACGGGCAGGUUUCCCGCCGCCCCCCAGCGCGGACACAACGAAUGUCGGCCGGUCCACGACGUUGCGGGGUGAGAAGGCGCAUUCGAAGUCGGUGGCACCGCAUGCGCAGGCGCUUGCUCAGAGUCGGGCUACGAAUAGUGGGACUACGACGCCUGAUCGCAUUCGCUUCAAGGCAUUCCCCUAUAGCGGGGUGAAUGAUUAUAUGAUGUUUUGCGAAACCGGUUUUCUUAGUCUAGGUGGAGGGGAUGGUCACUACGGCCUUUGGCUCGACUCGAUCCUGGAAAAGGGUGUCAGUGCCUCGUGUCAGACCUUCGGGAACGAACCGCUCUCAGAUGAGGGUGUUAAAUUCGAUGUUCUUGGCGUGGAAAUUUGGUACGUUGGAUCAUGA